UAUAUAUUCCGAUUGCUUAUUACAAAUAAACUUGGUUAAAAAAUAUAUUAUAUCAUUGACAUCCGGAGGCUUCUUUUUUUUAUAUCCGGUUCACGCAAGUGUUGCUGAUCAAAGAAAAUACCCCCAAAAUGGCACCCAGGAAAGCUAAAGUUCAAAAGGAGGAAGUGCAGGUUCAGCUUGGACCCCAAGUUCGCGACGGAGAGAUUGUUUUCGGAGUGGCCCACAUUUACGCCAGCUUCAACGACACUUUCGUUCAUGUUACGGAUCUGUCCGGCCGUGAAACAAUUGCCCGUGUUACCGGGGGCAUGAAGGUCAAGGCCGAUCGUGAUGAGGCUUCGCCCUACGCCGCUAUGUUGGCUGCUCAGGAUGUGGCCGAGAAGUGCAAGACCCUGGGCAUAACUGCUCUGCACAUCAAGCUGCGUGCAACUGGCGGCAACAAGACCAAGACCCCUGGACCCGGCGCCCAAUCUGCUCUGCGAGCCCUGGCCCGCUCUUCAAUGAAGAUUGGCCGCAUCGAAGACGUGACUCCCAUCCCAUCGGACUCCACCCGCAGGAAGGGCGGUCGCCGUGGUCGUCGUCUGUAAAGUUCUGAAGCUGGAGAGCAGAAGUCCCUGCUUUUGGUCAAAAUACAGCAUUUUCCUAUAAUGGCAUGACACUGAUUCUGUUUGUGCACAUACAUAGGUGCACUGUAAUAAACCAGGAACAUUAUGAUGGAAA